AUGGCUUCGGUACAUUGUCUUCGUAUUUUAGCUUUCGGUGCAUCACUAACUGAAGGUUUCUAUGCAAAUGGUUGUUCAUUUCAUCCAUAUACUAUUCGUCUUUCUCAACUUCUUCGUUCGUUAUUUACAACAGUUGAUAUUGAUAAUGCAGGUUUAAGUGGUGAAGCAGUUUUAAGUGAUACAAUGUUAUCAAGACUUCAACGAUUAUUAUCGUCAGCAGCAAAUAAAUAUGAUUGGGUACUUAUUUUAGCUGGUACAAAUGAUACAAUGCGUGAUCAACAAGAAGCUUCUCGAAUCUUUGAUCGUUAUAAAUUAUUAAUUAAUGAAUGCCAUAAACAUGGAGCUCGAGUACUUAGUAUGACUUUACCGGAAACAAUGUGUCCAAGAGAAUCACCACUUGAUACAAGACGGCAAGAAUUUAAUCGACUAUUACGAGAAGAACUAAUAUCAAACAAUAACAAUAAUAAUAAUAUUGUAGUUCUUGAUGUUGAUCAACUUUUACCACAUCAUUCACUUUCUCAUGAUGAACGUCGACAGAUUUGGGAUGAUGAAGUACAUUUAACACCGCAAGGUUAUGAUCGAUUAGGGCAAUUAAUCUACGAUGCACUUAAACCUUAUCUAUCAUAG